UCCAAACUGCGACUCCCACAUCUCCAGCAAUGCCUCCAAGGGAUCCAAACACAGAACAGAUCAUCGAUUUCGUUGUAAACAAACGAAAUGGAAUAAAGGGUUUAGUCAGUACAGGCGUUGAAUCCGUUCCCGAGCUUUAUAUUCUCCCGGUCGAGGAAAGAUUGGGACCGAACAAGAUCUCGACUAACGACUCCAUUCCGGUGAUCGAUGUUUCCGAUUGGGACGACCCAAGGGUAACCGAAUCGAUCUGCGAAGCUGCCGGAAAGUGGGGGUUCUUUCAGAUAAUUAACCAUGGAGUUCCCUUGGAAGUUCUCGACGCCGUCAAGGAAGCCGCUCAUAGGUUCUUUGGGUUACCUAAUGAAGAGAGGGGCAAGUACUGGGCUGGGAAUUCGCCGACUGAUACAGUGGCUUUGAAGACAAGCUUUGUUCCGCAAGCAGAGACCGUUUUUGAGUGGAAAGAUUAUCUAAGCUUUCGUUGUAGUCCUCGGGAUCUGGAAUCAUUUCCCUUAUGGCCCCCUGUUUGCAGGGAUGAAGUGGUGAAAUAUUUGGAGAGUGCGAAGCCUGUGAUAAGGAAGCUGCUGGAGGUCCUUUUGAAGGGGCUCAAGGUGAAAGAGAUUGACAAAGCUAAAGAAUAUACCUUAAUGGCUUCACCUAUACUAAACUUAAUGUACUAUCCGCGUUGUCCGAACCCAGACCUCACAGCAGGAGUACGCCCUCACUCCGAUAUAUCGACGAUCACUAUUCUCCUACAAGAUGAAAAUGGCGGCCUUUAUGUUCGAGCAACCGAUGAAGAUAGCUGGAUUCAUGUUCCGCCGGUCAAAGGGGCUCUCGUAAUCAACAUGGGAGACAUUCUACAGAUAAUGAGCAACGACAGGUACAAGAGCAUCGAACAUCGGGUGGUUGCCAAUGGAAGUAAGGAUAGGGUUUCAGAGCCGAUUUUCGUGAAUCCAGGAGCGGAUGCCACUUUUGGUCCUCUGCCAGAAGUGCUAGAAAGUGGGGAGCAACCAUUGUACAAGGAAGUUGCCUUCUCUGAUUACUUCAAAUACUUUUUCAGCAAGAAGCAUGAUGGAAAGAAAACAAUGGACUUUGCCAGGGUAUGAUUAAAUCCCCCUCCCUUGCAAAUAUGUUUGCUGAUUAUGGGAAAAUAAACAUAUGAUAUAAGAAUAACAAGUGUUGUCAAGGGCAAAAGGUGCAUUCCAAAUUCUACAACCCUUGUAUUAUGUAUAGGUACGUUGAAGUUUAUGCAAGUCUUGUACUCCUACAUAGUUUAAUAUAUACAAUAAACACGCG